AUGAAAGUAUUAAUUGAAUCAGAAAGCAGUAGCAAAUACAGCUGUCCGGGGUCAGGUGCACUCGCUCCGCUUUCGCCCUGGUGGCAAAGGAACCAAGCCCUAAGCACCUUUGCCCCCAAACCCGGAUGGGGGGGAGACGCAAUUAUUGCCCCCGUUGCAAUAAACAAAACAAACAAACAAACCGGGACCCGGCGCUGGGUGGGAGCGGAUCCCGGACCUCACUGGGUGGGAGCGGAUCCCAGAUCCCGGCGCCGGGUAGGAGCGGAUCCCGGGCCGUGGGAGCGGAUCCCGAACUCGGCACUGGGUGGGAGCGGAUCCCGAACUCGGCACUUGGUGGGAGCGGAUCCCGGGCCGUGGGAGCGGAUCCCGAACCCGGCACUGGCUCGGUGGGAGCGGAUCCCAGCUCUGGGAGUGGGGCACGCAGUGCCGGGGCGGCGGCCGCUCCCUCCCUGCCCCGCGCCGGCCGCCGGGCGCGUCCCGCACCCAAUCAGGGCGUCCCGCCUGCCUUCCUGUAGGUGUGCCCGGCUCACCUGGAGCCGCGCCGCCCGCCGCACAACCUGCGGGGACGCGGCUGCCGGGGCGGGGGGCAGCGCCGCCCGGCGCGGCCGUGGGAGCGCGGCGCAGCAGGAUGUGCCACUGAUGGAGUCUGAAGAAACCACAGAGGGAGGUACCACUCCUCUAGGAGGCACCAGCACCCCUGGGGAAGCCUGGGAUUCUGCAACAGUCAAAAGAGAGUAUCAUGCCCCUCAGACAUCAGCCAAAAUGAGCAUCAGCCCAUCUGACUCUGCCAUGGGAGCAGAGUUCAGCUCUCCUGAGGAUUGCUUUUCUGCUUCAAAGGAAGCAGCAGAGAUGCUGGGCAGACCCUCUAACACUGUGCAAGAAGUGCCAGCAGGACUGGAACAAGAACAAGGUGAUGAAGAGCCGCUAAGAGGACUCUUGGAAUGGGAAGGAGUAAUGCUUUUAGAGGACGGUGGACUGGACCAUUCUCUGAAACUUAAGCAAGUCGAACUGGUUGACCUGGAAAGCAACCAGGAUUCUUCCUCUCUCAGCCCAGUCCAGGAUGGGCCAGCCCAUAGCAACUCCAUCCUGCAGGCUAUAGACCUCAGCACUGAGUUUCCUCAGUGCCAAGCAGAACUGGCUUUUCAUGGCUCAAACCCUCAGAGCCAGCAUCCGAAAUAUCUUUUGGCUGACGCCACUUCCUCUCAGAGAGAGACACCUAAGUGCUUCUUGGUAUGUAAAACCAUUUCAGAGGGGCAUUAUAUGGCUGAGCCAUUUCUGGAUAAGAUCUCCGUGGAUUCUUUGCCGGAGGUUGAUGCUGGUGCAGAGCAGAGGCAAAGCAGCAGAAAAGUGGCACCAGCAACUGAUGAGCAGCCUACCUCAGAAGAAGCAGUAGAGGAUGUGAAUAAACCUCAUGCUUCUGAAGAUGCUAAGGAAAGCAUAAGAGCACUUCAGGGUUUGGAAGAGAAUACAGAGUCUUCCUCUCUCCAUCAUUUGUCUUUCACCUUAACAGAUGACAGCCAAAGAAGUUCACUGCAAGCAGAAGGAAAUAUCUCAUCGGGUGAAACAAAGAAUAGCAAUACGGUCAAAGACCAGGAAACAGUAAUGGUUCCUAAAGAAAACUCAUCCACUUCCAAAUGCCUUCAUCUUGAAGAUGAUCACAGAAAAACAGAGGGCAGACCUGCUUCUCCAGCACAGAGUGCCUUCCAAGUAAAGGAUACUACUAAAAGAACAGAGGAAGUGAAUACUUCGCAUAAGGAACUAGCAGAGGAGGUGGCAGUGUCUGAACUUCAGCAGGAAAAGGAGAAGAAAGAGUCUAAAGAGCAGAAUCUGCCAGAAGGGAAAUCUUUGGAGCCCAAAGAUCAGAAAAACAAGGAAGAAAAUGAGCAGAAACAACUGCAAAGGGAAGAGCUCAUGCUAGAGGAAGAGUUCAAACUGGAGGCUCUAUCAUCAGCUUUCAAGUCAGAGAUAUCUUCUGUUCCCAGGCAUAAUGUGGACCCGUGUUGUUUGGAGAAUGUUUUUUUGGCUGAGCAAACAGAAUCUGCAUUCCCUCUUGAGGAACCUGUCUCUGUGGGUCAGCUUCCUGGUGAGGAUGUUUGGCUGAAAUCUUAUGUCACAGAAACAUGUUCUGGAUGUCAGCCACCUGCUGUCAGCACCCUUUCCUCAAACAGCCUGAAUCCAGUGGCUAGAACUCCAGCGGUGCUUCCACACACACAUCAGGCAGAAGACCUAGAAGACUCUGUCCGCUUUUCCAUUGGUGGUCAGGAUGUGGGAGAAGCUGACUGGGAUGAUGGAACAAGACUGGGCAAAGAGGAUGAGCACAGUGAUGGGCACGGAAAGGCUGUGCAGUGGUUUGAUAAAAGAGAUGCACCACUCCAUGGAGGAGUGGCAGCACCUUCUAGCACAGAGUACCCAGAGACUUAUGUUCCAGCACACCCUUCCUGUGGUACUGAAAAUUUGGAGCCACCCGACCCCAUAGAUCCUCAUGUUGUUACAGAAAAUUUGGGAAGAGCUGAGCUUCAGGACUUUAUUCCAGCUUUACACACAGAGCUCACCUCUGUGGCUUCAAAGUCUAGCCCACAGCAAGAGGAGGCUAGUAGAACAGCCUUUGUGACCCCUAAGGACUGUCCUGGCACCAGCCUGAACCAACUGCUAGACUCUAUAGAGAAGCCAGCCAACCAAGCUGCUUCUGUACAAGUGCAGGACCCAGCAUCAGGGGAAGCUGCUAUUUUAAGGAGUGAGCCAGAAGAGGCCAACACUUCUCAUGAACGCCUUACUUCUGAGGAAGGCUUUCAUGAAGACUUCAGUGGCCCAUCUUCUUUCUCUGUAAUAUACACGAGUGGUCUUCCUCUAGAGGGGAGCCUUCCUGAGGAUAGGAGGACUGUGGCAGGGUCUCUGGAACCACCCCAAACACCAGGCAGGACUUCUACUCCCCUGAACCACCCAGAGACAAUUCAGAAAAAAAACCCAGAAACAAGUGUUGUUAUCCAAGGAAAAGAAACAGAGGCAAAAGCACAACAAGUGCCUUUACUUGAUCAGUCUGACUACAGUUUAAACCAAGAUGAGCCUGGAUCCAGAAUUGCCAGUGUCCUGAGCACCCUAACUUGGCCUUGUGAAGGAGAUGUGGACCUUGCUGUGAACCAGCAAGAACCUCUGUCUCCUUUGUCCCACUCAAGUCUACCUCUGGUGUCUGAACCUGAUGCCAAACAGCUUCCUCAUCCUCCUGCCCAUGUCCAAACCCCCAGACAAGCUCAGGUCCCUGCACUUAAUGCAAAUCACCUUGCUCAGCCUCCAGCCCUUGCAAGUUACCAGCCGAUGGCUCCUUUACCCCACUCCAGGCCACAUCUCAACUGUGGUGUGGACAAUAAUAAGUUACUAGCCGUUCACCCUCCUAUCAGCCAUCCUUUCCGGACUGCUGCCUCUGUGCCUGAUUCUAACACUGUGGCCUCUGCUUCUCAUGGAGAAGAUGUAGCAGAGAAAGAUGACCUUGUUUCAGUAGCUAGAGUGCGGGAUCUCAGUGACUCAGGUACCCAUGAUACAGAGACUUCUGAUGAUUCAGUGGUCAGUUUGUUGGCGAAAAGCUUUUCUGCUGUUGGAAAUGAGGCAUUGACUAGCUGCUGUGACACCAGCCCUGAAACAACAGAUCAGCACUUGGAUAUACAGGGUGGAAAAUCCUCACCUGACCACCCGUCUUGGCCCUCGCUGGAAGGCCUGAUAACAUCCACUGACUCCAAGAGCAGAGUCUCUGCACAGCCACUUCCAAUUCUAGCAUUCACCAAUCCAAUCCACUUCCUUCAGCUGAGCCCUCCAUCACCACCAACCACCAGAACAUCCUGCCAUGAAGAGGUGUUUUCUGGGGAGAUGCAAUGGGAGCAACAGGGAGGAAUCUUUGGUGUGGACACAAAGAAUAUCCAAGCUCCAGUGGCAAUCACAGAGAAAAUAGAAGGUGAGAGGAGGGUCAAGCAAAGACUUGAAGGCAAAGGAAGAGAACACCUUUUGGUUGCUCAGGCAAAGGAGGAAAUGCCCAGACAUUCACCUUUGGAAAAAUCAUCAAGUUGGCCAGACAAAAAACCGAUCAGGGUAGUUGCACAGGAGCCAGCAGCCAAUCAGGAAAACCCAAUUAAACGUCGAGUAAAAAGCAAAGACUGGCACCGGCAGGGUCUGAAGAGGACAUCUGUACCACCAGACAUCUUGCAGGAAAUCCCUUCUGUUCCUUCAGACGAAGAAGCUCACAAGACACACAGGGAACCACCAGUCAGUUCAGAAACAGUUAUAUUGCGAGAGAAAAAACCUGCAGAUGCGACGGAGAACUUCAGGCGCCGGCACUCCAAACUGAUCAACUCCUCAAGAUUGCUGUAUCAGGAAUACAGUGAUGUGGUUCUGAACAAGGCCAUUCAAAGCCAGAAGAGAGUGGACUCUUUCUCAGAGGAUCUAGAGUCGAGUUUCCCAAGCUCCCCAAGGCUACGGAGGAAAGUGCUGUCUCCGCAGGACUCAUAUUUGCAACGUCUGUCAGUCUCAUCUAACGCGUCCCUCUGGCAGGACAUCCCCAUGGUACGGGGCAGCAGAAUGCUACUCAAUAUGUCCCGUGAUGAGCAGAAGCUGCAAGAGGCCAAGUUUGAGUUGAUAAUGUCUGAGGCUUCUUACCUGCGCAGUUUAAAUGUGGCAGUGGAUCACUUUCAGCGAUCUACAGAGCUUCAGGCAAUGCUCACCAAUCAAGAGCGGCAGUGGCUUUUCUCCCGCCUUCAUGAUGUACGCGAUGUCAGUGCCAGUUUCCUCUUUGACUUGGAGGAGAAAUUUGAGGAGGACAUGUUCACUUUCCAUGUCUGCGAUGUGGCUCUGAAACACGCUCCUGAGUUCCGCAGGGUGUAUCUACCAUAUGUAACAAACCAGACAUAUCAGGAGCAAACCUUCCAGCGGUUACUAAAUGGAAAUGCAGGGUUCCAGCAAGUCCUAGAGAGACUGGAAAGCGAUCCAGUAUGCCAGCGCCUCUCACUUAAAUCCUUCCUUAUCCUCCCUUUCCAGCGCAUCACUCGACUCAAACUCCUCCUACAGAAUAUCCUGAAGAGAACUCGGCCGGGGUCUGAGGAAGAAGUGCAAGCAACGCAGGCCUAUGAUGCACUUGAAAAGCUUAUCAAGGAUUGCAAUGAAAAUGUCCAGCGCAUGAAGAGCACUGAAGAGCUGAUCUACCUCAGCCAGAAGAUUGAAUUUGAGUGCAAGAUAUUCCCACUCAUCUCACAGUCAAGGCGACUUGUGAAGUGUGGUGAGUUGACAGCACUGGACUUCAACACCUUAAGUCCAAAAUGGAAAGUCACCACCCGUCCCAUCUACCUACAUCUUUUCAAUGACUGUCUGCUCCUGUCUCGGCCGAAGGAGGGUGGACGUUUUGUUGUGUUUGAUCAUGCCGCUUUCUCAGAUGUGCGUGGGGAGAAAUGCGAGAUGAAACUGCAUGGAACAAACAAAAAUGUUUUCCGUCUCUUUCUACUUCAGAAUUACCAGGGAAAGAGAGUGGAGUUUUUGUUUCGUACAGAGACACACAGUGAGAAGCUGAGGUGGAUCUCUGCGUUGGCUCCUCCACGAGGAGAACUGGACCUCCUGGAAUGCCCUGAUGCACCACAGGUUCAAUGCAUAAAGACUUACAAGGCUCGAGAAAAUGAUGAGCUGGCUUUGGAGAAAGCAGAUAUCAUUAUGGUUAUGCAGUACAGCAAUGAUGGGUGGAUAGAAGGAGUAAAACUUUCAGACCGGGAGAGAGGCUGGUUCCCCUCAGAACAUGUGGAACUCAUCUCCAGCAAACAUGCACGGCAGAAGAACCUCAAGGAGGAACAACGUGUGAAGAAUGCCAAGCAGCAGGUCUUCUGCAAGAAAUAAGACUCUGCUUUGUUUGGACCUGUACAGUCUCCCUGCUCUGGGGAAACUAUCUCUUUUCUAUUGUGCCUCAGAAGAAAAGCCUCUUGGAAGAGCAUAAUACAGCACUUUGACAGAGCCAGGUGCUUUUUGCCAAAGAAAGCAGGAACUCAAUCAGGAAAAAUAAUUCACUUCCUCUGUGUCAUCAGGACUAUUGCAGCAGCAGGAGAAAAAAACAAGUUGCAUGUAUUGGUUGCUUUGUGGUAGUAGGAAGGGACUUUAACUGGACAGCGGUCUGGGAUCUGGACUUCUGAAAAUAUAUCCCUGGGUUUGCCGCUGACAAAGUUGCAAGACCUUGGGCAAGCCACUUCAGAAUUCUGCCUUGGUUUUUCUAUCUGUGGAAUGGGGGUAAGCUUACCUACCUCACUGGAUGUUGUGAGGCUAAAUUCACAAGUAUUAGUACACUAAGAGCUUUGAGUUCCUGAGAAGGAAGGUGCUAAGUGCAAAGCACAAUAUAGUUGAGGAGAGUUUUCCAUCUGAAUAUCCUUUUCAGAUCUUGAUGGUAUCAAUCUCCACAGUUUAAUUUCAAUUUAGAACAAUUUAUUUGAUCGUGCAAGUCUACUGUUUUUUUAGAUAGGCAAAUAGUUCAUUGUACCUAAAUUUAACUCAGUCUCGGCAUACUGUUAAGAGUCCUUGACAGCAUUAGGAAAUCCAUUUGCGUUAAGUGAAUUUUUCAGAAGCUACCGUGAUGAUUUCCCUCACCUAAAGAGGUAUCAAGCUGAAGAAUCUGCUUCACAAAGGUCACAUCUCUUCUGAACAAGUGUCCCACUAAGCCAUCUGAAAUGAACAGUCUUUUUACCCUGCAUCCCACUUAAAGUAGAACGGUGACUUUUGACAAAGAUUUGUAUUACGUGUUGGUACAUGCCCUGUACAAAAUAAUCAUGAUGACUAGGCAUAUGCAAUGAAGUGGCACUUUCCUGCUCCUCUUAAUCUGAUAGCUGAUGUGGUAUUGCAUGCACCAUUUUGCACACUUAGAGAAAACACUGAGAUGUCUAUUAGCCACUGUAGAUAAAGUCAAAAUAUGUACCAGAGACUUUGUUCUUUUUUAGAACUCUCUGGUUUUAAGUCCAGUUUACAUGCAGUCCUGCUUUUGUGCAGAACCUGUGUAUUUGAGGACAUGCCUUCAACUGUAAAAUACUGUUUCUAUGUUAAAGUGUUUGCAUUCAGUCAAUGCAAGAUCAAUUAUAAGAAUCAAUACACCAAAGAAAGCAACGUGUAGCCUUCUUGCAUUUAAUAUAUUUGAAGAAUUAGUUAUCUUCAUAUCACCAGCUUUCUGUCUCUGUAACAUUCUGCCUUUAAUUCCCACUUAUGUUGUACCUAUUAGAGCUUAUUACAGCCUAUUUAUAUCAAUAAUUUUACCUGGAUUGAAAAAAAAGAAAAAAAGAUGCUUCUAGUCCAAAUAAACUCAUGCACUUCUCCAGUUAAAAGAAACAACUUUCUGCUUUCCUUGUUAAUUAGGUUUUAAACUCAAAUAUAAUUAAUUCAAUAUUUACUGGAUAUAUAUUCGGUAUUUUCAUUCUUUUUUUCCAUAUAACUCUCCUUUUUAAGGGAACAUUAAGCACAAAUAGCUAUACUUAGUAGAGGUAGUGAAGAAAGCUUGCUUUGACAGCCAGUACCCUAAGAUUCUUCAGGGCAUUAUCAUCAGCCCUGAAGUGACUGCUGCUGCAGGUUCUGUAGUGGUGUUAGUCAUCUAUAUAUCAAGGUAAGUUAAAGGAAUGACCUACAGAAGAUGGUAGUCCAGUCCACUCUACCAGUAAGACAGGAUUAGAUGAUUCAACUGCCUUUUAAUUUAUGGUCCAGACUACAAUCUGCCUUUUUUCCCCCCUAAAAGCAAUGAAGCUGGUCCCUAGCUCAGAACAAAAGCAAAGCCCUACCUCAAACUAAAAUAAGUGAUGUAAGAGUUAUAAUCUUCAACAAGACUCAUGAAUGUUCAGAGAUCCAAAACACCUGCUUGUCCCAUGCUGUCAUGAAUUUAUGCAAUACAUAAGUCAUUGUGAUCACCUGUGUCUCAACAAGGAUACCGAACACUGCCAUGGGAUCAGUUCAGUACAUGCCCACAUAAGGCCACCUUAUGUAGGCAACCUGAGGCAUCCCCAUAACUAUUUCAUCUUCACCUUUGCUACUUUUAUCAUGGGGAAGCAGGCCAUAGAUAUUGCCGUUCCUAAUCAGAAGUCUUCUUGACUUCUGAAGUGUUUAACAAGAUGUCUUUACGUUUUCAACUUCUGCUCUCAAAACCAAGCAGGCGUAUUGUUCGUUAGUCUCUCCCAAGGCUGUUUCUGUGUUAAAUUCUGUAUGUUCUUGUUAAAAUUCCUGUUGAGAUAGGAAACUUCAGGGCCACUCUUGUGACUGUUUAACUAGCUGGAUCAAAGGUUAACUUCUGUCACAGAUACACAAACCCAACAACAGGAAGUUAAGGCUGUAUGUUUAGGAACAUUCGAAGGUCAGCUUAUGCUUCUAAGAAUAACUGCUUAUACCUUGUUAUACUUUGAUUUCUUACAUUUCAGAUAGGCCUCAACUUCCCACUAUUUAGUUAAAUUUUUAGCCCCAGCACCACCCUGCCACCAAAAUCCAUAAACAAGUCUGCACUGAAUUGCUUCCUACUUUUUGAAACUGAAAACAUCUCUUUGGUUUGUACAAACUUAAUCAAGCUAUUACAAUUAUUACAACUGCACAUUCAGGAGGCAGAAAUCAAGCUGACAGUAUUUUACUGUGUCCUGUUAAGGUCUGAAUUAUGAGUCAGGGUCUUUCCCUACAUCAACUCAUGUGGAUAACUUUAUUUCCCAGAAAAUCAGUAUAAAAUAGAAACAGAAGCACAGAGUUUGUCAGCCAAAUUCUGUAUACCUUUCUAGUAAGGUCCCCAAGGCCACAGAAUAGGUACACUGUGUAAGAGAUGCCAGUGCAUCUUAAAUAGCUGGCUGUAAAUUGAAGCACAAAGAAACUAUAAUCUUCCACAAGAAUCUGUGGAGACUGGUACACAGCAUAACUGGACAAAAGAAAUUAAGUAUUUCUAUACUGAAAAAUAAUACUAAAGACAACCUUUAGGGAGCAGUUACACUUUUUUUUUUGUGGUAAGAACAGCAAUGAACUACAUUUUAAAAGUUUUGUUGAGAAUCUGAGAAAUUCUUGGUUUAUGUCUGAAAAAAAUCAAAUGUUAUGACCGCUGUCAUUUUCUCAUAUAAAAUACAUAAAAAUUUAUGUGUCUCAAAAUAAUAAAAGCUCACAGCUCUGGAGACCUAUGUUGGUCCCCCCUAAAGGAAAAUAAA